AUGUGGGAAUUAGGAACUCGGGCUGUCAUCGUGUUAGUAAGUGCGUUGAGUGGGUGCGUGUUCCUAUACAACGUUUGGGGACCGAUUUUUCUUCUUACCAUUUCAUUGUUUCUUACGAUUUACGCGUGCUACUCUUUAAUCAUCAACGAUAGCUUACUGUCGCCGCACGCGUUUCUUCUUCUUGAUUACUGCAAACACGUCUUUUUCGAAGUUCGUACAAGCUUCGAAGCUAUCAUCGAUGUAAUAUAUCAGUACAUUCGUCAGUUUUUGGGAACUUUAAAUUGCCGUUUCCGAAAACGACACCUAACCCAAAUCCAUUCUAGGAUGGAAAGACGUCGAGGAUUGCAUUAUCAGCUUAGCAGUGAUCCUUAUCCAACAAGGAAAAACUCUUCUUCCUUCGAAUCGAUUACACAGCUUAGCCCAAUUCCAAAGAAUUUACAAAAAACCGAUAUGUCAAACAAUAUAAGUACCAACAACAGUUUUUAUCAUAAUUCUGGUCAUUCAUCAUACGAUCACAAUUCCUUUGUGACUAAACAUACUUCAAUGCUAAUGUCCUCACGAAAUAAAGAAGAAUUAGAAAAUCAGACGUUUAAGUUGUCACCUUCUGAACAAAUAUUAUCAAAGAGAGCGUCUCCUAUGUAUGGGCAAAAUCAUGAUCUAACGCAGGAGGAAACAACAUACUUUGCUGCUGAAGGUUCUAUGUGGAGCUCGCAUGGAACUGCUAAAACAUAUAUAAAAACAAGGGAAAAGAAAGUUGGUCAUGCAGUUGAAGGACCCCUGUUAACGUCAACUAGAUAUAAUAUUGACCCAAAAAUAUAUAAUGAUGUAACCUCCCCAGGACUUACGACUCGAUUGACUAAGUAUGCAGCAGAAGCCAGCAAUAAAUUAACUCACCAGUCUAAAUAUCGUGUAGGACAGUUUCCGAAAGUAAAUCUUUAUGCUAGUUCAGUUCCACUGAUAAAUGCAAAGUCUAUGAGAACAAGGACACCAGUGACAGUUAGAGUAGCUCCAUCUCAUACCAUACGAUAUUCAUCACCAUUGAAACAAAAUAUUUUGAUGAAUUUACAUCAGUCAGAUAAUAGUUGUUCAUCGCCUAGUGUUGCCCAAGCUUUAAGGGAGAUAUCACUAAAGAGACACGCAUCAAGCGAAGAUGUCGCUUCCGAUUUAGCAAAAAAACAACGUACACAUACUAUUGGUGUUAAGUCACUUAAGGUACAUGAUGAAACAAAGCAGAAAAGGAGUAGAGAAGAAUCAUUGAAAUCAGAAGAAGAUUCUUCCCCACAAAGUAAUACCGUUCGACCAACAAAACGUACUAAAACACCAUCCUGUUAUGACAUCAUAAACUCUCUUAGUUCUAGCAAACACGUUGUUUCUGGCGUCAAAAGGAAAGCUAGAGAUUUUUCACGGAGUGGAACACCUGAUUUUGAGAAGCAUUUCAAAUCGUUGGAAUGUGUUCAAAAUGCUAGCACACAAACAUUAUCACAUAUUUCAGAUAUGAGCCAGAGGCAUCAUAAUAACGAGUUAAUGGAGAAGAGAAAUAAUUCAGAUCCGUGCAAUUUUGUCGAUAAGCUACAGGAACAUUCACCAUUAAAAGGAAUUUUAAAAACAAGUAAUAAAAGUCUAGAGAGGGAAUCGGAUGAUAAACACAUUCAUAUGAACACACGUUCAAAUGUACAGAAUAGCAGUAAAGGUCAUUCAAUAGAGUCGAUUGUAUCUACUGAUUCAGCGAGAUUAACACACAAGUUAUUUAUGAAGGCAGAACCGGAAAGAAAUGAAAAGUUACGGAUGUUAGUCGAAGAGCAGGGCAACAUACGAGCGAAAUUUACUACUGACGAUGUGGAGGAGAUAAAAAAGGAGGAUAUUACAGAUAUGAGACAAACAAGCAUGAAGGCAAGACUUCAAAGCAUGUUUGAUGCCAUAUCUGGGAAAUCAGCCAGUCAGAUUAACCCUGACGUGGUCAUUCAGGCGGAAGAAGUAAAUGCUGUUAAAUCUGUCACGUGUCCUGUUACUUGUGUGACUCUUAAUUCUUCGACUACGACUACAAACGUCAAUACCACACCUAUUUCUACAUCAGCCGUGGUACCUAGUCCUGGUACCAGUGAAUUGAAUACAAAGUCACCAAAACAUGUGGCAUUUACUUUACCAAACAAAGAUAUUUCUUCAAAUACAAACACUCAGUUUGCUAGUACGUUUGAGAGAAAAAUUAACGAUUCUGCAACUUCUGCGGUGAAUAAAAUGGUCAAUGCUGCUCCUGGAAUUACAUUUACUACUAAAGAAUCAAACAGUAUAGGUCAACUUGUUGUUUCGAAUGCAAAUACGACGAAUCCAAUGAAUUCGAACGUACAAAAUUUCGAUUUCGGCAAAUCCAGUUUCAUCACGUCGAUGUCAGGCACUCCAACAACGCAUACCACGUUCGCGUCUGGUAUUGUUCCUCCGAAUAGCAAAUCUCCACUAGUUACUCCUGUAACAGCUGGCAUUUUUGGCAACACCGUCGCAGCUACACCAUUGUCUACAGCAGUUUCCAUAAAUACAACUGCAGCGAAUAUGAAAAAUGAACCAUCGCAAAUCAAGCAAAAGAUAAACGUUUCGCAAGCUGCAGAAAGUGGUCCGGUAAGUUCGAAUGUAUCGAGUGGCGGCGCAAUUUUCACAUCAACACUUACAAACCCAGUGCCUUCAAAUAUGGCAAAUAAUGUGGAGAAAAAAGAGCAACAUGCUGAAUCUACAUCAACCGCCUACAAAGCGAAUGUGAUACCAUUCACGGGUAUCACAAGCAUUGCUAGUUCAAAUAAUAUCUCGACCAUGACAGCGACCGUAAAUACAUCCACUCCGUUGUUUACAUUUGGAAGCAAGAUCAAUAAUGCUUCGACAACACCCAAGUCUGAAGGAUUUGUAUCUGGUUCUGUAGAAAAUCCGUCAGAAAAUAAUAAAAUGUUUGGAUGUCCGACUACAACUCAACAGACAUCAACGAUUUGUAAUGUAGUAACAACGUCAAAUUAUGUUAAUGGAACGCAGGUUAAUAAUGUCACAAAUGUUGCAACUACUACGGGUUUCGACACGAACGCAAAAACUAACGUACCCACCUUUGGACCAUCGACAAAUUCGACAUUUGCAACUCGCCCCUGGUCCACUUCAUCCACGAUCGACGGCGGCAACGUUGGCUUUUCUUUCAGUAAUACACCGAUUGUAACGAACACGGUAACCGGUGGAAGCUCAAACGCAACUUUGUUCGCCAUCGAAAGUAAUAAGCCGACUCCUAGUUUUGGAACAACUUCGUCAACAACUGGCAGCACGACUCAGUUUGUUUCGAACACCGGUUCCAUAUUUACUAAUUCGCCAUCCACUUCAUCGAUAUUCGGGGCAACAACGACGACUAAUCAACCUGUUUUUGGAGCAGCAUCUUCGAAUUUAAAUACUACCACAACUACUUUUACCAUUUCGAAGAAUACGACUACGUCGGUUUUCGGAUCUAACGUAAAUACUACUUCGAUGGGAUUCGUAUCCACAAAUUCGAUGCCUAUCUUCUCAAAUGUCAGUGGUGGAUCUUCUGUAGGAACAGCAAACACGACUGCUAUACCCGUGUUUGGUUCUAGUACGAAUACUUCCGUUACAGGAAUAACUACUAGCGGAAUCAGCAGUGCCGGCACUAAUUUAUUCUCGGGCACAAACACAACCACUUCUACAUCUAUAUUUCCUACGACAAACAAUAUUUUUGGUCCAGCGAAUUCGUCAACAGCUACAAGUUUUAAAAACAAUUCAGGAGCAAUUGGAAACAACAACGCUUCGACGUUAUUCUUUCUUCGUCAGAAUUUGACUCCUUCGUCAAAUUUUGGUUCUACGAAUGUUUCCUUGAACAACGCAUCCGUCCCGGGUUUUACCGCUCCAAAUACUGUUACUUCUGACUUUGGGUCGCAAAAUCAAAACAAAGGAAAUCCAGGAGCACAGAAUUCUAGCUCGCAGAAUUUUGGUGUCGGAAGUUCGAUAUUCAGAGGCGAGAACACCGCUGGUCCUGUGUUCGGAGCCUCGAACAGCGGUACGACUAAUUUCAGUUCUUCUGCACCAAAUAACACGUUUCCUGGACAAAACGCCGCCGCUGCAUCGAAUUCUACAUUCGGCAUGACAACCGCUGGCAGCGCCAACGGCACAGUAACAUUCGGAGACAACAAUAAACUUUCUCCGUUCGGAACACAGCCUUCGACAUUUGGAACACCUAAUGUGUCUACUCCGCCCUUUGGGAAUACUAACACUAAUAGAAAUAAUACCACUACCAAUAUAUUUACCUUUGGAGCAAACCAAAAACCAGGACAACAAAAUACUACCGCGUUUUCCUUCGGAAGCAACAAUACCAACAAUAAUGUAGCUGCCCCUAGUUCAGGACCUUUCCAAUUUGGUACAACAACUUCGAAUUCAGGUACAGGGUUUAAUUUCGCCGCUUCAUCAACAACUCCAUCCAUUAACUUUGGUACGACGAGUUCUACAACGACGUUCAAUGCUUCUACGCCCGGUAUGUUCAGUAUCGGAAGUGGUUCUACAGCACCAAGAUCCAGAAACAUACGAACUAGAAAAUUAAGAUGAUGGAGAAUGUAAAUUUUGCUAGCACUUGCAGAAUGUUCUUCGUCGAAAUACAUAAACGCGACACUUGACUUUUUAAUACUGUUAUUCUGUAAUUCUAGCAUCGUAAUUUCGUGGAUUCGCAUCGAGUAAUGUUUCAAAUUGAUGCACUUCUAUUCGAUCGAGGAUAGAAUUAUAGAAUAGAAUUAUCAUUUUAACGUUACAUUUAUCGCCGUUGUUAAAUUUAUCCACCUUGUAUAUAUACCUUGAAAAUGUUAAAGCAGAUUUUUAUCUAUCAUUGUUUUAAGGUCUGCUUAAGUUACAUUAUACUUAUAAUACAUAUACAUAUAUACAUAU